CGUGGUAGGUAGUAUAAGAGUGGGUUCGUAUCCACUGGAAUGGUGUGUAUACAGACCAUACAGACUUUAACGAACUUAACGGAAGAUCACUCAAUUAGCUGGGAUGUAUAGGACAUUCCUAAACACAGAACUGAUUAAUUGGAACGAACGGGUGACUUCGCUAAAGGGGUAACAGAGAGCGAAUUUGCUGUAUGUUACAAGUCAUAAUUUGAAGUUCCGGUUUCGUUAUUGAAGUUCUGUGUGAUACAGACGUUUGUUCAACAGGUGUACGUGCAUGUUUGACAGUUUUCAUAUUUGAGUUGCUAAAGAGAAUGUUUAUUGCCUACAUUGGUAUACCUGAUAAAUAAUGCUAUGUUGCCAGAUUAGAUGUGUUUUUCACGUGGAUGUAGUUCAUGAGAGAAAUGUCAUUGUAAUAUACGAGAAAAGUUUAAUGGCACAGGCUAAUUUCGAGUACCUUUUAUGUGCCUUAUUAUUUGCAUAUGUAAAGAGCGGCCCGUCGCUGUUUCCUUCACUGGUGGAAGGACAAAUAAGAUACAGCCAUGAUAAGGUGAUAAAUUCUGUGGAAGACUGUAAGAGCCGCCUUGAAUAUUUUGCCAAUUCCACAGCAAAUUUCACACAGUGUGCUAUAAGACAUGCUCAUCCCAUAAGAAUGUGCGAAAUUUGUGUUGGUUAUUAUAUGAAUGCACUGAAAGCCCAUGAAGACAUUUUGCAGGCUCAUGAUGGUGGUGGUCAUGCUUGUAAGAUGGAACUUGUGAAUUUGGAUCGCCUUGAAGUAAUUGAAGGUGCUCUUGAUUAUGUUUGUAAGCUCUGGCAAAGAGGUCAAUGCAAUAGUUGUUUUAUUGUAAAAGAUAAUGGAACGUUAACACCACAACUUUCAAACAUUACUGUUAAAUUUCAACAACUUUAUAAUGCUACUCAAGACUGCUUUAGUCAGUUUUACAAUGCUACCACUAAGAAAUAUGAAUCAGCAAUAUGUGCCAACUGCACUGAAAAAUACUGUGCUCUCAAUCAGUACUAUGAAGAUUUGAAAGCUGAUACAGGAGAAGGAAUCGUGUGCAUGGAUAUUGUGGAUGCAGUGAAAGAGGUGGAUGUGAGUGUCAAGAUGGUGCCAGGAGAUCCAAACUGCCAAUGA